GGGAGUUGAACACGUAAGAAAGCUUGACAUGUCGAGAGGAGACGCGGCUGCUGCGGAUCGUGUGUCCCGUUAACGCCUUUAGUUUGGAUCCGGAGGACAAUCACACGAUAGAAGCACAAUGAUGUGUGCAGCUGGAAUCAUCAUCACACUUGCUCCUGUCUUCAUCUUUAUGGCGUCCUGUGGAGCUGUUGGACCUCCGUGGGUGAGUGGUGUGGUAGAGGAGAAGCAGACGGCGCAGCUUGGUCGUAACGUCCGUCUGCAAUGCCCCGUCAAAGGAAACCCUUCGCCCCUGCUUCUCUGGAUCAAAGACGGACGUAACGUCAACGCUGGCUGGAGUCGAUACCGUGUCCUGCCCCACGGUCUUAAGAUCAAGAACGUGGAAGCCAAAGACGCAGGAGUGUACGUGUGCCAAGCAGCCAAUGGCUUCGGGAGCGUGUCCGUCAACUUCACCCUCACCGUAAUGGACAAUGCAGAGGCUCCGACCAAACCUCCUCCGAUCUCAGAGGAACCCUGCCUCAAUGCAGCACCGGUGGAUCAUGCCGGUCAACCAUGUGUAAAACCACGCUUCAGUCAGCCCAUGAAGAUGCGCAGGCGUUUUCGGGAGCAGCCCGUAGGCAGCUCGGUGAGGCUAAACUGCGUGGCAACAGGAAACCCUCCGCCGUGCAUCACUUGGUGGAAGGAUCAGAAGGAGCUUCCCGCUCCCGUCCGGGCCAAACGACCACAGUGGACCCUCACUCUGAAGAACCUGCAGCCACAGGACAGCGCCCGCUACACCUGCCGUGUCUUUAACGCUGCCGGGCACAUCAACGCCACCUACACGGUGGAGGUUAUCGAGCGUACAAACUCCAAGCCUAUGCUGACUGGAAACCACCCUCUGAACACCACGGUGGAGCUCGGAGGCACAGCCUUGUUCCAGUGUAAAGUCCACAGUGACGUAAUACCUGUGAUCCAGUGGCUGAAGCGGCUUGAGCCUGGUACAGAGCAGCGCUACAAUGCCACACUUGAGAUCGGGGGUCAUCACUUUAUGGUCCUGCCCACCAAAGAUACUUGGCCUCGGCCUGACGGCUCAUACCUCAACAAACUGGCCAUCAUCAAAGCCAAAGAUGAGGAUGCAGGCAUGUACAUCUGCCUCGGAGCAAACUCUAUGGGCUACAACCUUCGCAGUGCCUACCUCACUGUUCUCUCAGAUCCCCAGGAGAAGCCGGUCUCCCCAGCCCACCUGAGUUCUGGUCUUCCAUGGCCUCUGAUCAUUGGCAUCCCCGCGGCAGCUCUGCUCAUGGUUGGUACAAUCGUGUUGUGGUUGUGCCAUAGUCGCCUCCGUCACGGCCCCCUACCCCCUCGCUCUGCACCCUACCGAGAGCGCCACGGCAUCGAUAAAGAUCCAAACCUCCACAGCAAUGGCAGCACCCCUGACUUCCCAACCCACAGACUUAUGGGAAUUGGAUCCCCGGGCUUUGGAGGGCCUACAAAGACUUACUCCAAGGUUUACACAGACAUGCACACUCACACCCAUACCCACACACACUCACAUGCUCAUGUGGAGGGGAAAGUGCACCAGCAUUUCCACUACCAGCGCUAACAGGCUAAGCUCUGCCUCAAAUGUUAAGCUAACAAAGCUAAUGCUGCUAGCCUGCUUCACAUGGACAGUGGGUCUUCUGUUUUGGUCAGGAAGCUGGAUCUGAACUGCGUUACCCUCAAGCACUGAGAAACAAUGUUCUGGUGUACUGCAUUCACCUUGAAAACUCUCAGGGCAGGAAGAAACUUGGUUAAGGUUUCCAUGUAAAACCCCGAAACAGUGUGUUACUCUAUCAGUAAGGUUGUGUUUUCCAAAGAGAAUUGCUUAAGCCAGGAAUCUUGAAAGAACCCUUGAGGAACCAUUGUACUAACUGGGCAAGUAUGUGGUAUAAACUUUAAAAUAUUUUAAUUAUUUUGACUUGAUACUUACAGUAGAAUGCAUUCAGAAUAUUUCAUUCUAGGUCAAUUUCAGGAAAAGGGGUUCUUGGAUGGGUUCAGUGAGUAAGGAAAUGUUCUUAAGUCCCCGUCUUAAGAACUUUUACAGCGUUAGCAGACACCCUUAUAACAUUUUUAUUUUAUUUUAUAAAAAAAAAGCAAUUUAGGAUAAAGGGCCUUGCUCAGGGGCCCAGCAGUGGCACCAUAGUGGACCUGGGAUUCCAAUCUCACAAGCUUCCGAUCUGGAGUCCAACACCUUAACCAUUAGUCUACCACAUCUCUUAAAACCAUAUCUGAUUAGCCAGUUAGAACUAAGUACCAAAUCUCUUAUGCCCCUUUUCCACCGAGGCAGUUUGAUUGCUGGUUCGGAGCCUAAUUUAGAACCAGUUCUUUCUUUUUCGACAGCCAAAGCGCCGGCUCUGAACCAGGAAAAGUGGUUCUUAAGUAGUACCAAAACGAUGCUGGUCGAGACUUAAGAACCGCUUGUGUCAGGGGCUGUGGGCGGGGCUGUGGGCGGGGCUACUGUUAGAUAAUGUACCUUAAGUAUAGUAAUGUUUAAUACACUUUUACUUUACCGCGAUAUGAUCAAUUAUCAGCACACAUGAUAGUAAGUAGCUACAUGCUAAGGCUAACUUUUUUCUGUGUUAAUGAUAAAAUAACGUUAUGUACUUUCUCGAUAACAACCUCCGUUUAUACAGAUUACAUGGAGCUGCACGUACACGUUGGAUUCGCCGUGUUUGGGUGUUAAUGUAGGUUCACAAAGCAUUAACUCACAAAGCACAUGAGCAUUAACAGUAAAGCAACAUCCGCCAUUGUUGUUGAUGUGUUUGUGUUUGCCGCUGCUGCGCUAACGUCGCUGUGUAACGUGACACGUAUACAGUGACAUCAGACUCGGCUCUGUGGCGGCUCUCUAACCGAUGGAAAGGCAAACCAGCACCAGCGCUAGCUCUGAACCAGCACCCGGUUCUUUUUGGUGGAAAAGGGGUAUUAGAAAAAAUGUUUCUUAUGGGUCCAAUAUUUUAUUAUAUAUUUUUUUUUUACCUACUAAAGGUGUUGUACCUGGAAAACCUUCUGUGAUAGAGAGACACUUUGUUUUAGUGUUUUACAUGGAAUUCUCAAAGGUUCCUCUAGAACCUCUAGAACCUCAAACGAAAGUCCUUUACAGAUACACAGUAUACAUAAAAAAUAACACCUACAGUACAAAGUAAAAUCUGACAUACACACAUCUCCUUAUCCCUAACCCCAAACACACACACUACCAUGUUCAGUGUCACAGCUAUAAUUUGAAUCAACCCACGUUGAUCAAAUCAACGUUGAUAGACGGUAUAGAGGAGAGACGACUAAUGCAUAGCAAACAGAUGGACUACGGUUAGUAUACAACCACAAUACUCAGCACGGUAUUGGGAUAUGUGAGUGUCUAUGAAAAGCUAAUGAGGGUGAGCAGUUCUGUUUACAGAGUGGACUUUUAUUUGAAUAGGAGUGUAUUAGAAACCCAUACUGUGGACCUUUUUUUGCAAUUUCCUGUUGUUUGCUUUUAAAUCUGAAGACUGAAUGGCUGGAAAAGAAAGAAAAACAGAACGGGAGAUUUUUUUUUUUUUUUUUUUUUUAUAUAUAAAGUUGCUUCUUCUUUUGUUUGUUUUUCUGUUCUGAUCUGUUUUUUUUUUUUUUUAAUAUGUAUUUGUCCGAUUACAUGCAGUAUUAAUAUUGUUUAUCCUGUCCAUAUUAUGCAAAAAUCUGAGAAUAAUCUCAAAGCCAUACAAUACAUUUACUUGCAAUAUUUGCAAAGUUUGUUUAGUUGUUUUUUUAAGAUAAAAUUACUCUUUUUGACAAUCUAGCGGUGAGACAAUCGUGUAUAUGUGGUAAAACGUUGAGAUAAACGAACUCUUCCUUUGCUCUAUAAAAUUCCCUUCAAAGAGCGUAACUAUUGCGAAUACUGCUGCACGGAUACUGCGGUGCUGAUGUGAGCAUAUUUUAAUGAUAUUUUUGUAAUAAACAAAUUAUUUUAGUCUG